UUCCUUUAGGAAUGCAAAUAAUGCUACUCCCUUAGCAGGGCCCGGUCCAACUCUUAAAUAUUCAACUUUUGUCAACUAGCGAGGUCCCCUCAAAGAAAAUUGAGAAGAAAAGAAAUCAAAGACAAGACUUUUGGCACUUGGGGAGACUUGGCUGCUUCAUCUUCGUUGACCACAAGUUCUCGUCGCCGGCUUUCUUCUAGCAAUCGUGAUGCCGAUCAUCAAUGGCCGUUCCUCCUCUGCUGCUGGAUUGACAGAGGGAAAGAUGGCUUAUGAUGACGUUGUUUAUCUGUCGGUGGAGGUGGACGAGUUAACUACUAUCCUACGCAAAAUACUGAAUAUCAAGGUAUUGCAAGCCAAGUUAUUUAUAGAAAAAGUUGGUGAGGUCAUCAGAGUAUUGGAAAUGGAAGGACCCCCAACUUUGCCGGACCAAUUACUAGAAGAUAUUGCCCCUCUUGCACUGCCUAUAGGAGAUUUUGCUCGGAGAACUAAGCUACAAAUUACUUCACCGUUAUAUGAUGAGUAUAGGAUGAAUAUUCGUCACGGCUGGGAACGAAUGCUAUCAAGAGAAGUGCCAGAAUUAGUACAACAGAUUGGUUUAAAUGAGAAUAAGCUGGAGAAAUUUCUUGAUGAAUCUGACUUCUACAACUCCUGGGAAGAUUUACGCCACAAUUCAGCCUUACUACCUUGUCGUGACGCGGUGAUGGAUCUGCUUCAGUCUUGUCGAGAACUCAAAGACGCCAUGAACUUUUUCGGUGAAGUGGGUACUGAAUCAGCUUUUCUCUGCCAGCAUCUAAAGUUCUUGCUGAGCUUUGCUGAGCUGUGCGAGAGUUCCAAUGAAUGGCGUUGUCGCCAAUUUGUGAAAAGCAUCAUGGAUGUUGCUAACAUAGCUCUUGAGGCGCUGGAGUGUGCAGAUAAAGAUAGUCUUAGGUCAGAGAUGUGGGAAUUUGAAUCAUGUGAAUAUGCUUCAGCUGAGCUUGUGACGGAAAAUUGUAUCGAGGAGACGGCCAAGAAAUUUUUUGAUGGGAAAAAUGGCAAGCGAUUGGUUUUGUUGGAGACUUUAGGAGUGCUUCAUUCCUUCACGGAAGAGAUUGAUACUACUUGUGGGAAACUUGGCAGCGAAGAUCGUCAAUUGAAUAAUGCUUCAUUUGGAAGAAAUGGUUUUCCUUCAUUGUCUGUGAUUCGUGAGAAGUUUGCUAGAGGAGAUCUUCCUUCGCUGCCUAUGACGUAUUAUCUACGUGCUUUUCCUUUAAUUGAAAGAAGAAAAAGAGAAAGAGUUAAAAGUGUUAGGUCUGGUAUCAGACGACCUAACAAACAAGUUAAUUAUCUACGUGCUUUCCGAGGGAAAAGAAGAAGAGUUGUUAAUGUCUGGUCUGAUACCAGACUAGAAUUACAAACGAGUCGAGUCGAUUCGAAAUUUGAUCUAAAUGAGCCGAAUCUCGACUUAGUUUUAUCAAGCUCAAACUCGAACUCAAAUUCAACGAGUUGCUAUUCUAAAGCUCAAGCUCAAACUGGAGCUCUAGAGUUCGAGCUCGACUUGAGAUUUGGCCUAAUUGAGUCGAAUUUCGACUUAGUUUUAUCAAACUCGAAUUCGAGCUCGAAUUCUGCUAUUUUAAAGCUCAAGCUCAAACUCGAGCUCUCGAUCUAGAGCUCAAGCUCGAGCUCGAACUUUCAAACUCGAGCACUUAAAACAGACUUUGAGUCCGACAUUGACCAAAUUCGAGUUGAACUUUGACUCGAGCUGUUCGUGAACCGCUAAGAGAGCUUUUAAUGAGUUAUUUAGACCUUUGGAUCAUCGAGUAAAUAUUUUGAGUUCUCUUGUGUUUUAGUAAUUAAAUGCUUUUGGGUCUAAAAACACUUUUUUAAAGCUUUUAUACUCUGUUUCAUGGUGAAAUUCUACUCUCCCUUCACUCCUC